AGUGCUCAUCAUCCUCAUCAUGCUACGUAUCACAGCUCCCCCCGCCCCAAAGCCACCACUGGGGCUGUGUUCAAUGGCUUAACAGCAUCAUGAGUCUCACAAGCAAUAAGUACCCUUACGGAGUCGGAUAAUACUCGAAGGCCGAAUUAAGGACAGCUCGCUUGCCGUAACGGCCAUAGGCCUCCCAGAGCUUGUCGUGGAAGUAGGAGAACAGCUUGCGUGGCUUGGAGUUGCUUUACGGCCUUCGCCACGGGAUAACGGAGUUGUUCUCUGCGCUCCAUAUUGGCAUCGCAUAACCGCCCCAGUCGGUGAAACACUAUGGACAGAAUUCACUAUCAAAUACAACGUCGAAGUAUGUGGAACAGAAAAUCAGUAUGCUAAUGGACAAUGUUGGCAUAACUUGUUCGCCAAUCCUGUUAUUGCCCGAGACUUUCCCAUCCCCCGGAGACGUAAGGAAUCAACAGGGCUCGAAAUAUCUCUCGACAUGUUAGUUGCCUUAGGAAGAACGCGGUAUAUCGAUACAUUCAAAGAGAGAACUUUCAUCAAGGGGUAUUCCACCAUGUUAAUCCCGGUAGAGCAAUCGGGCGACUUACUCAUCUGGCACUUACUCUACAACAAAAGCCCCAAUCAGCGAAUAUCAUAUCUUGACUGUACUGUUGAGCACGCAGAUAUUAAAUUGACAAGCCUUGGACAAUUCCGCCAUAUAUUGGGCUGGUGUUCUCAAGCAGUCUCCGUUGUCGGAACAACCCUAGCGACAUACAAUGUGAAUAAAUCAAGGCUACCUAAUGUACACUCUACUUAUACCCUAGAAAAAGCCGAAAUCUCAGGAGGGCAGUUCGUUACUGGCACGGCAGUGUUCGCUUUCGGUAAUACCCAGAAGCCGGUUCAUAUUUCCAGGUAUGGUUAUCUUACGAAACUGCAAUGGAUAUCGUCCAAGUAUUUCGUAUUUUGGGACGAGAAAGAAAAAAGGGGCUGGCUAGUGAACGGAGCCAGUGCUCUACUCCAUAUACUUAGGGCUUCCUUAGAGCACAGCAAGCGCAGGUUUCGCUCGGCCUGGCUCUUGGACCCGACUAUAUUAGGUGAUGCUACUGAUCCAUCGGGAUAUGAUUCUGCUCUCGAAGUCUUGAUAAACGAGGAUAAUCGCGAUCUCAAACUCUACGUUGACAAGACGGAGCUUUAUGAGGAAGCCUAUGAAGGGCAAAUAAGCAGCGCACGAUUAAGAAAACAGACACGUUACUAUCGACUAGAAGAUCGAAUCGAACAUGUAUACAACAUACUGGAAAAGCUGAUCGAUUACCAAACCGACUCGGAGCGACAAGCGGGAUUGCAAGUAAAAGUUCGGCCGCGUCGACGGCUGGAAGGUUGGGAUUUCAGGGACUUAAUCGCAGACGGAGAUCCGUUCUUCGCCCGUGUUGCUACCCUUCAAACCAUCGGUAAGGGAUGGAUUGAUUUCACCAGAGCCAUACAUGCAGUGACCUUGUUCGGGCGUGGCUUCGGUGAGCUUAUCCGACCACGAUCUACAACGGCUAUUCCCUGUCCCCGCUGGUCUUUACUACCUACCAGAAAGUAUUACCUUGCCGCCUCCAUGUUCGAUCUGCAGAACAUCAUGGACGACGACGGUGACCUGACUUCCAAUCCAAGACGACUAUGCCAUAAUAUCAUCUGGCACAUGAAGCAAGCAACGUUUGACCCCUACCCUUGCACCAGGGGCUUAGCACACAAGCAUCACGCCCCAGUCCAAGCUUUGUUCCCUCUGACAUUUACCAAGAAUCUCAAACAAAAGCCUCAAGUCGAGUUGCAAAGUCGAGGGGCAGUCAUUUUCGGCCAUAAUAUGAACAUCCAUUGGCAUUGGCAAGACGACGGCGAUCCCGUGAAAGGUGAUCCGCCGCCCAACCCAGAAGCCGAGGAGGCAGUAUACGAUAGCGGGCUUGGAUCGAGUCUUAGUUCUUCUAGUAACCGUUCGCCCUCUGAUCUAAGUGACACUACUCUUACUGCAAGCGAUACGAUAUCCCCUAGUGCACCACCAUCUUCUUCCAAAGGUCCUCGGGAAGCAAUGCUAAAGACCUCGAAACGGAAACGCCCGUUGAGGAGUAUGAUUUCGUCGAUCAGUAAGAGAGCGAAGUUCUAGUAUUCUAUCAAUAUUAUUUUAAUUCGCAGUCAGUCUCAGUCUCGGUGUUUUGUCUUGCCCCGGUGAAUGUUUCUGUACUAGGAAAAUCUUGUUAAAUAUGAAGAUGGCGACUUAUUUAGACUCCAUUGUCACCGAAAUAUUCUUAAUUAG